AUGCCACCGGAAGAUUAUAUCAAUUACUUGACCAAACCUGAAGUUAUGAGUGCAAUUGGCGCAAAGACACCAUAUGUCGAAUGUUCCGACGUAGCCUAUUUAGCUUUUACAAAUACUGCGGAUUUGCAAAAAUUACAAAAUUUUAUAGUCAACGGUCAAACAACUGGUCAAGUUCAAUCUUCACCUUAUUUAUCCUUUGUAAAUAUUUAUCAAGCUGGCCAUGAAGCACCAUUUUAUCAACCACAAACUUCAUUAGUGAUGUAUACUCG